GCCGCCCAAUCACCUCCUCACUUACCACUAAUAUAUACUCCCAGUCACUCGGCCUCCGCCUGAGAUCGUACGUCGUCGAUCGGCGAUCGAGUGCCGCGCGAGCUAGCUUCAGCUACCAUGGCGUCGGUGGGCUUCGGCAGCAGAGUGGCGGCGCCGGCGUCGUCCUCGUCCACCGCCGCCGCGGCGGCGGGGCGGAGGCAGCGGCGGCCGCCGUCGCGUGUCGCGAUGGUGGUGGUCGCCGCCACGAGGGGCAAGCCGGCGCCGGCCGACGAGGAGAAGAGCCUCGCCGACUUCAUCUUCGGCGCCAUCUUCAAGAAGGACCAGCUCGUCGAGACCGACCCGCUCCUCAACAAGGUCGACGGCGCGCCAGCCUCCGGCUCCACCGCCUCCCGGAAGACGGUCUCCUCCAAGAAGCCCGCGGCCGGCGCCGACGAGGAAGGCGGCGGCGGCUUCAGCUUGGGCGGCCUCUUCGCCAAGAAAGGCUGAACCUUUCUUACCCACGUACUACGUGUAUAUCUCCUCGUCAAAACUCUAAGCUUAAUUUGGAAGAUUUGCAUAUACUUAGUAACAUGUGAGGUGUGACUCAAAAAGUGAUUUUUGAUGUGAUAAUGUGGCACAUAUACUCUAUACAUCACACAUCAUUUGUUAUUUCUUUUCAACUCAACAUGGAUCGAUGGAUUAAAGGGUUAACCCUGCUCUUGUUUAUGCAA